CCACUUCAUCCACCUCUCUAACAGCUCAACCCUACACCACUUGCGUUCUACGCCGUGUUUUGGGCAUACUGCAACGUCGUGCGCUGCCCAGUGUAUGGACGUCUUGCCCCGCGCCAUUCGCCAGCGUUCACCUUUUCCGUUUUGUUUUUCCGAUCUGUGCUUUCAAGGUGGCGGACUUAGCGGUUGCUCUUCCUGUCGUGCCGACCUAUCCGGCCCUUUCAAGCGCCAUUCGUAGUUUGCGCGCGGACAACACCGCCGACGUGGCUCCGUCACGAGCGUGUUUAGAGGGGUCAUCGUCGGCCUUGGCGCCGUCCUUCGCCGCCAUUCCUCGCGAGCAUGCGGCAUCUGCCCGGGGCCGCCGCGUCGAUCUCGUAGACGUCACACUGGCGCGGCACCACCGUGAUCCGUGGGGGCAGCCUCAACCUCGACAGCAACCUCACCCGCAACCGCAGGCAGUGCAGGCUCCGCAGGAGGUGCAAGAGCCGCCGCACGAGCACAGGUUGCGGCAAGAUGACGGGCAGACGGCGGCAUUGCAGGGCGAGAUUAUUCCCGGGGUCGGUGCGGGCGCCGCAAACAACGGCGAGGAGGGAGGCGGCCGCGGGUUCAGUUCGUGGUGGUUGCACGACCCCACGUUCGUGGACGUGCGCCCCACGCCGCCACCCCGGCGGCGACGAGGUGGCGUGCUGCCCGGGUGGUGGGUGGCGCUGCCGCACGGCCAGGGGGACGAGGACGACCACCCGCAGGGUGCUACGGACGGGGGGUCGGCGCAGUUCGGCGGGGCAACGGCGGGGUAUGAGGCGGCGCACGGGCUGCCGGAGUGGUGGAUUCACGGCGAGGACGACGACGGCGCCGCCAGAUCCAGCGAUAGGAACGACGGGGACGCCGUGGAGUGCGGCGGGUGCGAAGAGGGCAGGCUGGACGAGGGAUCCGGGGAGUUCGUGGAGUGGGAGGCGGGGGCAGACGGCGGUGCACGCGCGGUGGAUAAUCUGGGGCGAGGGGAGGACGGGGGAGGGGCCAUGGUUGUCGAGGAGGAGGCGGAGCAAGAGAACGGUAGCAAUGCGGUGAUAGCGUGCGGCGAGGCGAGGGACACGGCGGGCUUCCCGUCGUGGCACGACAAGGGCAGCAUCGCGGGGGAUGGCGGGCAGGCGCGGCACGUAGUGCGGUGGGCGCAGGCAUUCCAGCCGCAGGACGUGGUGAUGGCGCGCGGGGACAGAGAGGUCCCCAGUGCACGGCACGCGGACAUGCAGAGGCGCGCGCUCGACACCGCGCAGGAGCAGUGGGGCGGAGGAACGUCCGGGGGUUGGCGGCAGGUGGAGCAGGGGGCAGGUGCGGGGAUGGAGGGGCUGCAGAGGCAGGAGACGGGGAGGGAGCAGCAGUUGACGUUAACGCUAGAGGCGGCGAGCAACAGGCAGGGCGUGCACACGAUGGAGCACGAGGAAGGCGGGCACUGGUGGAAGCGACAGCGGCAACAGGCGCAGGCAGGUGGCGCGGCAGAUGAGCUGGCACCGGGCAACCAUGGGUGGCAGCAGCAGCAGCAGGAGGACGCAGAGAGAGAGCAGCAACAAGAGCAGUUGAUGCGCGUGAGCGAGCAGAGGGGCAGGCUGAGGAGCUGUGUACGGGAAGAGGUGCAGCAAGAGCAGCGGGGUGGUGGUGAUGCUGCCACGGUGCACGACAGCAGCGGUAACAAUGUGCUGCUGCCUUCCUGGUGGGUGUCCAUGCCUCCGCCCCAAGACGACUCCACGUGAACGUGUAUGUCGCAGCCCGCAUUCAGUGUGUGGGGGCGCUGCUCCAGCACGCACGCCGCUGCGUCCUCUGAUUCUCUGCUCUAGGUGCCUGUGUGAAGGCGAGAGACGAGGCGUGGGCCAGCUACUAAGUGGUCCUGAGCGCGCGCCAGCACGCGCAUGUCAAGGCAGUAGCUGAUUCCGCCGCAUAGCUUGGCACGCAGGGGCGUGACGUUUCUGUUACUGCGUGCGUGUGAAUGGGCAUGUGUGUUAGCUUGUGGGCGAGUUUUUGUGUGUGUUUAGCAUGAUUGAGCACGCUUAGUCUCACAUGCUCUCAGUGUGCUUUGCUGAGCGCAUUGCGUGGAUGGGUUGCAGCAGUCGUUUCUUCUUGGGGUUAUUCUCAGCAUGGAGUCUAGUUCCAGGCAGCCACUUCAACAGUAGCACGUGUACAGCUAGGGCGGGCAUUGAGUGCGAAAGGGCAGGGUGCAGGGUUAAGGGUGAAGGGUGGGAGUGACAGGGCACACUUGAGGAGGCAUGGCCGUGGGCGUCGCACAGACGUGCCUGAAACAGUGAGGCCUACUUGUGGGCCAGGCUGAGGCCCGUGGAGUGCAGCCAUGGGAGCAGUUACGAGUGCGGAGGGUUGCAGCGCGUCGAGGGUUGCUCGGAGGCCAUCGUCUGGGAGCAGGAAGGGCAGCAGAAAUAACAUGAGCAGCCGCUGACAGUCUGAUAGAGAGAAGCGCAUAUGGCUGCUGCGCCUGUGCUGCCAUUUAAGCUGUGACAUAGGCAGGGCAAGCACAUGACAUGCCACUUCCCUGCAAGCCCAGUGUCACCACCACCUCCUCACCUCCCUGUGGCCUCCCUCGCUCCUGCUCCAGCCAGCAGCAGUAUCAGCCUUGCAUGCCUUACUUCCAAGCUUGCUAGAAGCAGGCCAGUCAUACUGCAGUAAGGUGUCGCGUUACCCACGGGAAGAGAUGGGCUUCCCAUGGUUAACACAGCAGCAAGGGAGGAGUGGGUUGAGGAAGAGAAGAAUCGAAAAAGAAGAGUUGUGGUGAAUGGGGAGGUAUAACAGAAAAGUAAGGUGAUACGGGAGAAGGUACAGUAUGGCACUGUACAAAUUCAGCAUGACAACAAUUCCAGGGUGAAGAGACAGAAAUGUCGAGAGACCGAGGCGCAAACCAAGAUGAGGUGGAGGGCGUCAGCAAGGGCCCAAUCUGACGGAAGAGGGGGUCAAGCGCAAUCUCAGUUCUCAAGGGAAGUAGGAGAGGAGAGGAUGACCGAGCAGAGGAAACUGGACGUGUAAAUAGUAGACAACUCAGUAGGAUGAUCGCUUUUCGCUUGUAUGUUUUCCUUCAAUACUGCAAAUUCGCUCUAAUC